GAAUGAGACAUUGUGACUCCUACAAUACUGGGAUUGAGUCUCUAUCUCCGACAACUUGCCUAACCCCGGGACAUUACCGUAUGUCAGCGGCCGCCCGUACGUACCUGUCCGGUCUAAUCGCCUCCGCUUCCUCGUUGCCUUCCACGAGCUUCUCCUCCCUUCGACGAACACAGUAGUACGGUACUCGAGUACAGUACCAAUGGACAAAGAACUCGCCCGUUUCCGCCAAGAGUGGCAAGCAGAGGUUUCCGCCCGCCACCACCAAACCCCAGGGUCCUCCGCACCGCAGCCAAGCAGUUCCGCAGCCGUAAACAAGCCAAGACAAAACCCCUUCGCGUCAAGGAAGCUAUCCCAUUCUUCCUCUACCGAUGAGGGUGUCGAAGACGAAUCACCAGAGCUCUCAGCUCAGCGACCUCUCUCUCCAGUUGCUCAUCAGCGAACCUCAUUUGCAGGUAGCCCAUCCCGUGCGGACCUCAAGCGCGCACUCGAGCAUUAUGAACGGGCGGUGGCGAAGGAAUCCGAAGGUAGUUUGGGGGAAAGUUUGAAUUUGUACAGGAAGGCGUUCAGAGUAUGUCCCGAAUAAUGGUGAAUAGUGCGAACUGAAGUUAAUUCCUGGAAAAGAUCGAUCAUAAGGUUGAUUCCCACUAUCGGGAGAAGCACUUUCCACGGCCACCCCCUUCAUUGGCUAAGAAUAUGACACCUCUUGCUGCCAUUAUUUCUUCCCAGCCAUUGGUACCGGCUCCGGCUUCCCUAUCUUCUGGUUCUAAGGAGAUGAGCGAGUUUAUCGCAUCCUUUGCUGGGGUUCAAAUCAAGCCAGCUCCUGUCGCUAAACUCAAUGAAAACGAAGCAAUAGUAGAUGAAGGGAAGGGAAAGGAAGCGGAAGAGGGAGAAACAGUGUUUUCUCUGCUAGCGGCACUCCCGCUUGAGCUCUUGCUCCAGGUUGUUAGAAACUUAGCUAUAGCAGACAUAGCCUCAUUCGCAAGGUUAGCACAAGUAUGCAAAGCAUUCGCCUACCUUGUGAUCACUGAGCAAAGCAUCUGGAGAGCUGUAUGCAAAAAGACCUUCGACCAAAUGCUCUGGGACUGGGAAGUGACGGUGAACGGAGAUACAAUAGAGAAACCCCUCCUACUCGAAGGUCCAAACGGCAAAGUUCUUCAAGACGGCGAGUAUGAAGAUGAAGAGGAAGGACAGGAGAAGCGAGAAGUCCCAGUUGACGAAAAGGAAGCGCUUAAAUACGGCCAAAACUGGCGAAGGAUGUUUAUGAUCCGACCGCGCGUUCGAUUCAACGGCAUCUACAUCUCCACUUGCAAUUACCUCCGCACAGGAGCAUCCCAGUCCUGGAACACCCCCGUACACAUCGUGACCUAUUAUCGUUACCUGCGGUUCUACCCAAACGGCACAGUCCUCUCACUCCUAACUACCUGCGAGCCAGCAGAAGUGGUUCAUGGCUUCAACAAGAUCCCACUCAUCCCAGCCCACCUUGGCGGUUUACCAGUCGGUGCCGUGAGCUGGGGGAAGUAUGUGUCCAAGGGCCGUUGGCGGAUGGAUAAAGACGGGCAAUUGGAUGUGGAAACCGAAGCGCCCAUGAUGGACAAAUACUUGUUCAGGAUGGCGCUCAAGGUGAAGAACGUCCGAGCUGGGGGGAGGGUCGGGGGUGUCAAUAAAUUGGUUUGGGAAGGCUUCUGGAGCCGGAACAUAAUCUCUGAUGAUCUUGCAGAGUUUUCCUUAAAGUUGGUUUCUUUCUUUCUACCCCCUCCAUGUGAUUGAGGUGAUUGGCUGACUGAUCCAACAAAUAGAAAUGAUAAACCAUUCUUCUUUUCAAGGGUUGUGAGUAUUGAGAGGGAGAUGGGGUAUGAUUAGAUCACCAGGGUUUACAAUAUGGGAGGGGUAUGAUCAGAGUAGGGCGAUUAGAAGUGGGAUCGGUAGACUAGACGAGACAUUGCCGUUAUGGCCGUGA